AUGAGCCUAUCUGCCAUUGGGAUCGUUGGUGCCAUCAAUGAAUGUGUCACUUUGUUUCAGUGGGCCAAAUCUGCCAUCUCAUCUCUGCACUCCCGAUGGAGUGGCUCACAGAAACAACGUCUUCAGGAUCAUGUCUUGCAACUAGAGAGUGGCCUACAACGAAUGAGGGAUACUCUUCCUGCAAUGUACGACCUCAUUAACAAAGCAGAGUGGAGAAGCCAUGAACAAUGUGUGGCCAAGCUCCUUCCGUGUCUUAAGGAUGCUGUGUAUGAGGCCGAAGACCUUCUUGAUGAGUUCACAUGGUAUGAGAAGAAGGUGCAAGUGGAGGGAAAUGCAAGCCAAUCUCCUUUCACUGACUUCUUUCAUACCGUCAUCGAAGGCAGCUUCGACAAAGUUAAUGAUGUCCAAUCGAGGUUGGACCAUCUUUCAAGUAUGCUGCAUAAUUUGGGGCUUCAUGGAAUUGCACAACGCUUUGACAAAUUAGUCAGGCCAGAGACCACGUCUUUACCAAAUGAAACAAAAAUAUUUGGUCGUGCCAAGGAGCUGAAGCAGGUAUUCGGAUUACUUGGUGUACCUACAGGCCCAAAACGUAAGAGAGCAACUAGUUCAAUCGAUGCAUCAACAUGCACAUCCACAAAAUCAAGAAUAUCGAGCCUUCCUGUUUUGGUGAUAGCUGGAAUUGGUGGUGUUGGAAAGACCACUUUGGCACAACAUGUCUGCAGCCAUCCACGAGUGAGGUCCCACUUUGAUUUGAUAAUUUGGAUUUGUGUCUCGGAUGACUUUGAUGUGAAGAGACUAACUAAAGAGGCCAUACAAUCAUGCACUAAAAAGGAGGGGGCAAAUGAUAAUUUGAAUUCUCUUCAACGUGCUCUCUCUAACCAUGUGAACAAUAAAAGGCUAUUGAUAGUCCUUGAUGACAUGUGGGAUGACUCCUUGAAGGAAAAUGGACAGUGUUGGACGAAGUUUUGUGCACCUUUUAGAAGUGUCCAGGAGGGAAGUAUGAUGUUGGUCACCACGAGAUGUCCAAAUGUUACCGAGGGGGUGCGCACAAUGGAGCAUGUUAUAGUUGAAGGUCUAAAGGAUGGCGUAUUUUGGAAUUUCUUCAAGUUAUGCGCUUUUGGAUCUGAGAGUUCCGACAAUGAUCCCGAGCUAGAGUGUAUUGGCCAAAGAAUACUUCCAAAAUUGAAGGGUUCUCCUUUGGCAGCCAAAACUCUAGGACGCAUGUUGAGCAUGGACCUUCAAGCAUCUCAUUGGAAUUCUAUAGUUGAGAGUGAACUAUGGGAGCUGAAACAAAAGGAAACCGAUAUUUUGCCUGCCCUUCGGUUGAGCUACAUGUAUUUACCAUUCUAUUUGAAACAAUGCUUUGCAUUCUGUGCUGUUUAUCCCAAAGAUUACAAAUUUGAGAAGGCAUGCUUAGCUGAAAUUUGGGUAGCAGAAGGCUUUGCGGAGCCUCAAGGUGGUGUUCCCAUUCAAGAUAUUUGCUAUCAGUAUUUUGAUGACCUUGUGGCGCGGUCCUUCUUCCAAAAGGUUAAUGGUCGAUAUGUUAUCCAUGACUUGCUGCAUGACAUGGCACAAAAAGUUGCAGAGCACGACUGCUUCAUCUUACGCAAUAAGAGUGACUUUGAUAAAGUUCCCCAGAAUGUUCGCCAUCUGCUAUAUAAUAUGCAGAUUUUAUAUGCCAAGAAAUGCAACCUACAAAGCUUACCCGCUGACUUUGAUAAGUUGACCAGUUUACAGAAAUUUGAGUUAAACGGACUAAGUAUUAAUUCAGCCUAUCAAGAGGGACGAGGAAUUAGGUCAAUAAAGAAUCUGAAUCAAAUUCGUGAAUACUUGUUGAUAGAUAAUGUUGGCAUCCUAAGUAAGGAUCAUGCAGCAGAAGCUGAACUGAAGAAUAAGAAAUGUCUUGAUAGGUUGGUAUUGAUUAUGCGAGUUGCUUUACGCCCUGCUGAGUUUUGUAUGCACAACAGUGAUAUAGAAGUGCUUGAAGGUCUGCAGCCUCCUAUCAGCCUCAAGCGUCUCUUUGUCCAGAAUUAUGUCGGUGUCUCGCUCCCAAGCUGCAUAUCAUUUCCGAUGAUCUCACAGAACAUAAACCUAAAUGAAAUACAUGCAAUUGGUACUUUCUUGUCCCUGACAGACCUAAGCAUUGCUAGUUGCGAAAAUUUAUCAAGCCUAGAAGAUUUUCUGCAUCCAGAUUAUGUACCAGCUAUCAAGGAAAUAAGAACUUACGGUUGCAAGAUGUUAGAAUCAAUACCAACUGAAGUGUUUGGGAAUUUUCAUUUCCUUGAAGAACUGUUUAUAGCCAAUUGUCCAAACAUCCGCCUCCAAAGUUUGGUUUCGCGGUCCCUCAAAAAGCUAUUUUUGCAUGAUUCCAGUCUGUUUUGCAAUAUCGAUUGCUGCUCCCUCACCUCUUUUGAUUUUCGAUCUGAGUCUGUCAUAUCCAUCCAAGUACAAACGUGGAGUCUUCCAGCUCUACGGAGGUUGAAAAUUCGCUGCAAUUCCAUAUCUACGGGCACUGGUCGUAUUAGACCAUUCUCGUCCCUUGCAGCCCUAGACGUUGAGUUAUAUGGUAAAUUGUCAACCCUUGAUGACCUCCUAACACAAGAAUACCUACCUGCUAUUGAGGAAAUUGACGUCAAAGGUUGUCCUGGGUUACUGUCCCUGCCAGCUGAAAGGUUUGUGGGUUUUCCUCAUCUGAAACAUCUGGUGGUUAUUAAUUGCCCAAGUCUUAACUGGCAAAGGGGGCUGGUAUUGCCAUCAUAUCUCCAAAGGCUAAGCUUAAGGAGCUACGGGGAUAUCUCUCCAUAUGUUCCCAGCUGCCUACAGAACCUCACAUCCCUCAUCUCUCUGAGCAUCGGUGGGUGCCAGGGUAUAACAUCCAUUCCAGGUGACAUUUGGAGCGGUAAUCUUGCAUCACUUGAGGAACUUAGGAUUUGGGAAUGUCCAAACCUAGUUUCAUUUGGUGGAGCAGAGGCAGUUGCAUACAUAAAGAAGGUUCAGAUAUACAAAUGUCCAAAGUUAAAGGAAGCAGAUCAGAUCGGACAUUCAGAAGAUGGAGAUGAGAAGUGCCACCCUAUGCUUCCUCAUCAUACUUGUGUUACUUGGAAGUUCUACUCACGCAGGCCGUGUGAUGGUGAGGUACUCAAGAGCCCCAACAAGGCUUCGGUACUCUGUAGCAUCAUCAGCAAAGAGGGGAUUCCCAUCAGGAGCAGAAAUAGGCACAGUGGAGGACAUUGGAGUAGUAGCAGCUUUGCACUCCAACAUGCCAGCACGCCGCAGGAGAUCCUGAGAGUACUUCUGCUGAGAAAGAGCAAGACCAUCAUGUGGAUACGUGACCUCCAGACCAAGAAAGUAAUGAAGUUUGCCCAGAUCCUUGACAGCAAAAUCAGAACUGAGAGCCAGAACCAAACGAUCAGUCGCCGCAACAGAGGAGCUGACAAGGAUGAUAUCAUCAACAUAGACCAGAAUGGGUGGCUCGUCAUCGCUGACGACCGGGCCCGACUGUGCCUUGUCAACCCGGUCACCGGUGAGUGGCGCGCACUCCCGGCCAUCGACAACAUCCCCUGCCUCGACGCCCACUGUGGGCGCCGCUACUUCACCUUCUAUAUGAUGUGGUUCCUUAGGGGGCCGCUCCCUCUACCGCAAGGUUGUCCUCUCCGACUCCGCCGCCGUCACCAUGCUAAUCACAGGGCCGGAUUACGGUGUUGUGGCCGUCGCCCGCGGGGAGCCACCCGCAGCAGGAGGAGCCCGCAGCAGGAUGUGCCGCACUGCCGCUACAUGCAUGCUGAAGACCAUCCGAAGACCAGGUUGACUCAACAAUCAACAUCCGCCACAGCGGAGGCCGGGACGUGGAGGCUGCGGCACUGGUGCAACGCCAUCGAGGACGCCGUCCACCAUGAGGGCAGGUUCUACUCGAUCACAUGCUCCGGCCAAGUGGAGGCAUGGGAGGAGCACGACGCCGAUGCCCCUGGUCUGUUCGCGAGCGCGGUGAUCGCACCGAGGCUGCUGCUACCGGCCGACUCGGACCACCGCAAGUACGUCAUGGCAGCCCUGGGUGGACAGCUCAUGGUCGUGCUCAAGGAGACCACAGGUGGGCGGACAUCGCCGUCCUUCAAGGUGCAGGUCCUUGACUCCGGCGGCGAGGAGUGGAAGGUGACAGACGACAUCGUCGAAGCGGCGCUGUUCGUCUUGGGGAACAGUUCCCUCUGCGUGUCCACGAGGAAGCACCCGGAGCUCAGGGCCAGCUGCGUCUACUACACCGAGGAUGAUCAGGAUGCUCGCGACCGCUACUACAAUUGCAUCGAGAUGUUCAGCCUCAAGGAUGGCAGCCGGGAGAAGGUCGAGGGCCUUUGGCGGUCCUGUAGCUGGCUACCGCCGACGUGGUUCACGCCUUUCAUUCCAUGA